AGCCCGUCUGUUGAACGGACUCCGAGGGAAAAGUUAGGCAAGAUGGCAAACCCCGCAGACCCGGAGUGAAAGGGCACCGCUGCCCCGCUCAUAAUUAAAACAAGCCGAGCCUGAGUUUCCUCCUGCGGGGGAAUCCGACGAUGCAAACCGCGCCAGAAGGCCUGACAGGGGAUUCCCUGAAGGGAAAUGCCACAGACUGAUGCUGCUGCGACACAGCUAGAGCUGGAAAAGAGCUGACCCGUCACCGAUCAAUCCCAUCUGAGAUCCACCGAGCCGCCAGAAGCAGAUCCGAUCACCUCAUGCCUGCUUAGAGCCGGAACCGCCUCUCCUCUCCUCCUGUCUCUCACUCUCUCAGCAAAGGAGAUUAUCGGGAAUCGAAGGUGGUGUGGAACCCCCUCCAGCAGGGAUUUAUCCGCCAUCUGGGACGUCCCACCGCAUCCGGCGGCGCCUCGUCCGUCCCGCCCGGCAGACCAUGAUGUUUCGGGAUCAGGUGGGCGUGCUGGCCAGCUGGUUUAAGGGAUGGAACGAGUGCGAGCAGACCGUGGCUCUGGUGUCGCUGCUGAAGAGGGUGAGCCGGACCCAGGCCCGAUUCCUGCAGGUGUGCCUGGAGCACUCCCUGGCUGAAUGCACGGAGCUGCAGGUCCUGGAGGGAGAGGCCAAUAAUCCAGGUCUGAUCAGUCAGUGGCAAGGCGAGCCUAAGGAGCGGAUCAUCUCUCUGGUCCUCACCCACCUCCCUCUGCUCAAACCGGGCAACACAGAGGCGAAGAGCGAGUACAUGCGCCUGCUGCCGCGCAUCCUGACGCACACCAUCGAGCACGGCCACCACCUGGAGGAGUCCCGCCAGCUGCUGUCCUACGCCCUCAUCCACCCGGCCACCUCCCUGGAGGACCGCGCCGCCCUGGCGCUCUGGCUGAACCACCUGGAGGAGAGGGCCGCCGCACGGGGCGACUCCCUGGAGAGGCCGCCUCCCGCCGCCGGUCCCCACCAUCACCACCACCAGUCCACGCCUCCGUCCACCCUCGCCUCGUCGGGAUCCUCGUCUUCCACAAACUCUUCAUCGUCGGGGAACCUGUACAACCUGCACCACCACCACCAGCGCUACGGCUCCGAUGACCGCCUCAACGGCUGGCAGAACUCCCGGGACUCAGGGAUCGGCGGAGGCUGGCACCAGCAGCAGGGCUGUGAGAACGGACAUCUCCUACUUUACCCAUCAACCUCGGUGCCGACAACCAUCAACACUGUUGGAACCGGUGGAGGAAGCAACACUAUUCUUUCAAGCGGCGGUGGAAGUCAGCAGCACAGUCCCCUAAAGCGCUCCGUGUCCCUUACGCCCCCCAUCAGCGGCCCCAACAACCAGCCUCUGGGCCACGUCUGGCUGUCCCAAGAGGACCUUCGGACGUCCAGAGGCCCCGCCCCAGACCAUGCGCCUCUCUCCCCCCAGAGCAGCAUCGCCUCUUCGGGCAGUGGGGGCAGCGAACACCUGGAUGAUGGCGGCUUAGGAGGCAGUUCAAGUCUGCAUCGCAAUUCCUUCCAUGAGGACGGCAGUGGGAUGAGGGAUGUUCCUGGAUGGCUGAAGAGUCUUCGUCUCCAUAAGUACGCCGUGCUCUUCUCCACAAUGACCUACGAUGAGAUGAUGUCACUGACGGAAGAACAACUAGAAGCACAGAAAGUCACUAAAGGAGCUCGACACAAGAUUGUAAUCAGCAUUCAGAAACUCAAAGAAAGGCAGAACCUUCUGCGCAGCCUGGAAAAGGACGUCUUGGAGGGCGGGAAUCUUCGCACGCCGCUGCAGGAGCUCCACCUGAUGAUCACGACUCCCAUCAAGGCCUUCAGCGGAGGGGAGGAGUCGUCUCUGCAGCGCCCCCUGCUGAGUCCGCAGAGCAAGAGCUCCGCCUCCGACUCCGGCCUGCCUGGAGGUGGCGGAGGAGAGGCCGAGAUCGGCAGCAGUGUCAUCGCAGAGGGGGAUCUGCCGGGCCAGUUCACCCGUGUCAUGGGGAAAGUUUGCACCCAGCUCCUGGUGUCGCGGUCGGAUGAGGACAACAUCAGCUCCUACCUGCAGCUCAUCGAUAAAUGUCUCAUCCAUGAGUCCUUCACAGAGACGCAAAAGAAGAGGCUGUUGUCAUGGAAACAGCAGAUCCAGAGGCUUUUCCGGUCGAUCCCGAGGAAAACCCUCCUUGACAUUGCGGGUUACCGGCCUCAGAGGAGCCGUUUCGGUCAGUCGAACUCUCUCCCCACCACCAGCUGCGUCGGGAGCAGCGUGUCCGCCAGGCGCAGCCUCCACCAGUUCCAUAUGCCUUCCAGGAGCUUACCGGGAGCCAGACUGGGUUUACUGGGCAGCGGGGGGCUGCUGGGACCCACACCCCGCAGCUCCAGCAGCACCCCAACCGGUCCCAAACAGGGCAGGCAUGGCCCCUGGUUUGCCAACCCUGGAGGAAGUAACAGCAUGCCGAGUCGGACCCACAGCUCCGUGCAGAGGACGCGGUCGCUGCCGGUCCACACCACGCCGCAAACCAUGGUUACGUUCCAGCAGGCCGAUCAUCAGUUUCCAGUGACGGAGCCGGACAUAAACAAUCGCCUGGAGUCGUUGUGUUUGAGCAUGACAGAACACGCGUUGGGAGAUGGUGCAGAUCGCACAUCAACGAUAUGAGGUCAUCGGGGCGCCGCAGGUUCUCCUCAAAGCCAGCCGGAGGUCGCCGGUCCUCCCGCCCCCUCCCCGCAGCGCUCCACCGUUGGACCGGAUCGGGCCGGACCUCGGAAACACUCGCAAGUUGGCCGCCGCACGGCCAACGCAGCCCAUCAUCCAUCGGGUCGGACAGAAACAGACUUCCUCCUCCGUCCGAGGAGGAACAGCAUCAAAGCCAGCAAUGGACGGCGCCUGACUGGCGCCCCCCAGUGGAGGCGAGCGGAAGGGCGACAUCGGCCUGUGGAUCGGGCCGACCGGAUGAAACAUGGCGUCUUCCGCAUCAGUAAUAUUACCUCAGACGAGACGAGCGGAGCCGGUGCGUUCGGGUCGGGAUUCUCGGACCGAUCGAACGUCCGGCGCUUCGUAGACGUUAGCGCCGCGACUCUGCGAGUUUUCAGCCGACAUCUUGUUUCUGCGUUGUGCGUCCGUAUUGUUUACACGACGAUGCUGCUGUCGGAGAGCGCGCUCGUUUUCAGGGAGCGCGCGAAGCUUUACGACCCGCAGGCAACCAUCGAACCAGUUUACAGCAAACGUUUCCUUUAUCUUUACGAAGCGACGGCUAGCUGCGAGGUUUUAACGGAGAGAACGUCGGGAGGAAGUGAAGCAGAGGAAGACGGAGAAUGUUGAAGAGCGGCGGCGUCAAACUCACAAAUUCAUUAAUAAAACUACCUACACUGCAAAAACACUAAACGUUACCAAGUAUUUCUGUCCAGUUUCUACUGCAAAUAUAUAUAAACAUGAAAUGAAACUAACUGACAAGUAACAAGUUGGCAACAUUUAGUUUGUUUUAAGUAAAUAAAUCCAAAAUAUUUAUGAAAAAGUUCCAGUUCCACUGGCAGAUUAUUUAACUUCUGACAUGGGAGAAAUAUUUUGUUAUAAGUGAAAAAAUCUGCCUGUGAAACUAGAACUUUUUCAUCAAUAUUAAGGAAUUAUUGACUUAAAAAAGCCUCUAUGUUUUGCUACAUUUGUUAGUUUUUCCUACAGUAUUUGCUCUACAAACUGGACAAAAAUCCUUUAGGAUUUUUUGAUGAAUUGUUAAAAGAUUGCAGUUUUCUCCCCAUUCGAUUUCUACAACAUAAAUUUAAAUAUUUAACAUCUUUUAACAAUGAUGGAAUCCGACUCUAUACAAAUAAAACUAAUUUGAUUAAACUAGUAAAGUUAUGUUUAAACGCACAAUUGUUAAGUUUAUUCAUUUGGCCCUCUAGAAUGUCCAACCUGCAGCUCCUAAUAACUCUGACUAAAAAUAAUACGAUUUAAGAUUAGAUCAAAUAAUAGAUGCAGGUUUUUACAGCAGUCUAUUAGUGGUAAUGUAGAUAUAAAAAAAAGAAUGAAUUUCUGUCAAAAAUCUCUGAAAUUUUCUAGAAUGUUUUAAUUUUUUACAUUUUUAGCUUUUAAAACUCAGAAAUGUUCCAAGUUUUUCUAGAAAGUUUGUGAAAUUAAUCUCAGGAUUUCUUAGUUGGUUUUUUUUGCCAAUUGUCGAUUUUUAGAGCUCAAGAAUUUCCAUAAUUUUCUUUUGGUUGUAAAAGUUGCAAACUUCUCGUCUAGAGGGCCAAAUAAAUAGCUACAGCGUGCCGGAUUUGGCCCACGCGCCUUGAGUUUGACACACAUAUGUUGUAGAGGAAGGAAUUAAGCUGAAGUGAUGCUGAAGAGGGGGAAGCGGAUGUUUGAAGAGGCCAGACCUCUGAAGGCGACGGAGGAGGAUGAUGUCAUGUGAGCGAGGGCAGCAGGAAGUGGAUUAGUUUGUCUAAAUCUGAAGGUUUUCAGGAAAAUGCAGGAAAUCUUGUGAACGGGAGACGGUGGAGCGUGUUGGUAUGUCGGGCGAUCUCAUUAAGCCGCAUGUCGCAAAAAAGUAUUCGUUGAAAAAAGUGUGAAAAACAAACUGGUCAAUCCAUGAAGGGUAGUUCUCCCAGAGAUUGUCUGAUUAGUGCUUACCUCCACCUGCUGGCCAGACGCAGUCAUUGCAUCUGUGUGUCUUUGCUUCAUCAGCAGAGGCCGUCAUAGAAUAUGUUCUCUUCAUUAUUUUGCGUCUUAAUAUUUAUCCCUAUUUGCUUCCAUCUGGAAUAAACUUCCAUUAAGGAAAUGUGCAAAAAAACCUGGUGAAUCCAGAUCAGUUUAUUUAAUAAUUACACUGCAAAAACUACAUUUUACCAAGUAUUUUGAGCCUGGUUUCUAGUGCAGGUGUCAUAGAAAUAAGAGAAAAACUAACUGACAAAUAACUUUUCAGCAGGAAACAGAGCUUGUUUUAGGUAGAUAAUUCAUUAAGUUCUAGUUCUAAUUAUAAAUUAUAUGUAGUAAUUAGUUUUAGCUCAAAAGGUAAAAAUAUAGCUAGUAGUUAUAAUUACAGGUGUUUUGCUAUUAGCAUCAGUUAUAGCCACUCACUAGUUAUAAUUUAUUUCUAGCAGUUCUAGAAUAAUUUAUUUCUUUGUUUAAUUAUUUCACUUACAUGUAAGUACAUUUUCUUCAAUAUUAAGGAAUUAUUUACUUAAAACAAGCUCCUGUUUCUUGCUGAAAAGUUCAUGUAAGUUAGUUUUGUCUUAUUUCAAGAAUACUGAGGUAUUUUGACUAGAAACUAGAC